GCCCAGGCUUUUCUCACAAAGAGAAACAUACCAUCAACAAUUCGAAAGGAAACCAAACCAUUAGAGGAGAUCUCAAUCUCUGUGUUUAUAUUUAUAUCAUGUUGUUAAAUGCGAACCCCUCCAAAUGCCAACCACCACUCGAGAUUCCCGGCGGCGUUGUAGCCGUCGAUGUUUCUGUUAUCAACUGCGCUCGCAUCACUAUCCCAAAAUCAAGUCUCGCUGUAUUUGAAAACUCUCACCUCCGAGGCCUCACCAUCCCCUCCUUCUCAUUUCUAAUUCAGCAUCCACCUUCAGGGCGCCGCAUACUUUUUGACCUUGGGAUCCGAAAAGAUUAUCAAAACCUACCCCCUGUCGUCCAGGAAUUCAUAAAACAGACUUCGUGGGAUAUCGAGGUGGAGGAAGAUGUCACUGAUGUCCUGGCUCGGCAAGGGAUUGAACCACGCCAUGUUGGCGCAGUUAUCCUUAGCCAUCACCACUUUGAUCAUGUAGGCGACUUAACCAAGUUUCCACCAACAACCGACUUGAUUGUAGGGCCGGGAUUCAAGGACGCCCAUCUGCCGGGUUUCCCAACCAACGCGGAGUCAACACUAUUGGAUACAACUUUGCAAGGCCGCACAAUCCGCGAGAUUUCCUUCCAAUCUUCUCAUAGUGUUACCAAUAUUGGAGGUUAUGAGGCCUUGGAUUAUUUUGGCGAUGGUAGUUUCUAUCUCCUAAAUAGCCCCGGGCAUACAGUCGGUCACAUAAGCGCUCUUGCUCGCGUCACAACAGGCGGCGAAGACACUUUUGUGCUGAUGGGCGGCGACACAUGUCAUGAUGCUGGCCAACUUAGACCAAAUCCCUAUCAUCCUCUAUCGAAGGAGAUUAUUUCUACACCAUUUUGGCAAGGCUUGACCGGAUGCUGCGUAACAGAGGCCGUUAUUGCAUCUUCAGGGCCUCAGGGAAACAAACCUAUUCUGAAAACGCCUGCCGCUUAUGUGGUUGACCAAGUCGAAGCACAGAGAAGUCUCGAAAGGCUUCAAUAUCUGGACAGCGCUGAGAAUAUACUGGUGAUAAUUUCACACGAUUAUUCGCUCCUCAAACAGAUCUCAACAUUUUCUCAUAGUUUGAAUGAUUGGAAGCAGAGAAGCGUGAAAGAAAAAGUCCGAUGGGGGUUUCUGGAUUCGUUUCGUACCGAGAACAAGCUUUAGCACUAGAAAUAGCCGUGGAUAACAAAUAGAAGUCGCUCAUAACCGUACCUACAUCGCUAGUAAAGACAGUUGAGCACCGUGGUAUGCAGUGGUCACAUCAGAGAGAGUUUUGCAGACAGUGCAACUCAGCGCAGCUCACAC